UGAGUUGGAAUGGAUUAAGGGAGAGUAGAAGGGAAAUUAUUGCUUUUAGGCGACGGGUUCGAGUUGGCCUAAGCAAUGAAAUCCAAUUUUCCCGCCACCAAAGUUAGGGUUUACAAAUCCCCCAAUUGUGCAGCGCCAAUUAUGAUACACGCGUCCACGCCAGUCCAUUCCGCAUCCCCAAAUAUUUGACCCCAAUUGACUUAACUCGGUUCAAAUUGCAACGCUAUCACUCUCAAUUCUUCACCGGUGUCGAUACUUCAAGGGAUGGCCGGCCAAACCGAUCCCAGCCUGUCUGUCUUUUCCGGCGAAGAGGUCGAGUUUAUGGCCGAAGAUGAAAUGGUGGAGAUUGUCCCCAAUAUGCGAAUGGACCCUCUCAACAUGCUUUGUGGAGAUUUCGGUCCAUUCUACCCGCAAAUGGCGGCCCAAGUACCAUUGUGGCUGGCGAUUGCUAUGAAGAAGAGAGGGAAAUGUACAAUUCGGCCACCAGAGUGGAUGUCUAUCGAAAACUUGACUCGGAUUUUGGAAGCAGAGCGUGAUUCGCAGGCAGCAUUUCAAGUUCUACCUUUCCAUUAUGUUGAAAUCUCUAGCCUUCUUUUUGAAUAUGCACCUGGUGACAUUCCUGACAUGUAUAUGGUGAGGUCUCUUAUUAACGACAUAAAGGAUGUAAGGUUUCAUAAGGUUGAGAGUAGCUUAGAAUCAUUCGAGGAAGCUCACUCUUCUGCAGUGAUGGUGAAGGAUCUAUCUGCCAUGGAAGUGAAUUUAGUUCGCCCAUUUGUUGGAAGAGCCUUACAGGCAUUUUAUAAGCAUGGCAGUCCAGAGCUGGUUCCAAAUCCAGAUGGAAUGUCCACCAGACGGCCACAAGCAACUGACAAUAUACCAAGACGCCCUCUGCGGAGACGGUAAAAGCUUUCGUAGAGGCAACAAGUACCUUUCAAUUCAGCGAACCACUAAUUUCAGUAUGCUCGCAAGGAAAGUACUUCUUUCACCGAAAGCCAUUUUUAGUAAUAACCCUGAGAUUGUACACAUAGGUGCAUGUUUCCUGGUCUUCUUUUGCCUAUUUCAUCCUGUUACCUAGGGUCUAGCUUUUUGGAUCGCUUUGUUUAUGUAAUAUUGGCCUGUGAUAGGUUGAUUGCUUGGUGUUCGAUCCAUAGACCACUAAUCCCUUUAGGGCCCUCCUCCUUUUCUAGUUCAUUGGUGUUUGAUAACUAAACAGCACUUUGGAAGCUUUUAACCAGUCUAUCCUAAUCAAAAUUUUAACAUUGCAAAAACCAUAACUGGGUGAUUGUAAAUCAUGAUGCAAGCUUAUUUUGUUGAAAUUAUACUUCUCUCUCUCUCUCUCUCUCUCUCUCUCUCUCAUGGUACUCAUGUAUUCAGAAACAUAUAAGAGCAGAUAUUAGCUUGAUGCAUAAACUAUUGGAUCAGGACUCUCUGCCUGUUUCUAUUGUUGAUGCUUUUCUUGUGUACCUAGAUAGGUGGGAAUAAGUUUUAUAUAGCAUUAUAGGUUGCUUUCUCAUGCACUUUGGAGAGAAUCACUACUCCAAAUCUAUAAUUUUGAAAUUUCUUUAGGACAGAACAAUUUGUUGCAUCAAUAUUUUUCUAAAAAGUAGUUUUGAGAAUAAUUAGCUGUAAUAAUUGUGGUGGCCUCAAAUCAACAAGAAUUAAACAUAGAAAACUGUAAAUAAUUGUGUCUGCUACUUU